UCCUCCUUUGGCUUUUCCACACCAAAACCUCUCUUUCCUUCAUCUCUCUCUCUCUCUCUAGAUCUCACUCAUCGCUCCCCGCAAGUUCCAAUUUUCCUUUCGAAAUGAUUGUCAACUAAAACAACAUUCUUGCUUCUCACUCCACCUCUCUCUCUCUCCUCACUUUCUCUCUCUAAAAACUCUGCUCCACCCAUCUGCAUUUCCCUCACAAACACAAAAAUGAGUUCCCAAAGAAUCAGCUCAACAAAGCCGACAAAACCCCCACCACAAAACCCAUCAAACCAGCCGCCACCGUCGAGAUCUUCAUCAUCAUCAUCAUCAUUUUCGGUGUCGUCCCACCUGGCAAUGGUGGAGAUGAAGCAGCGAAUCCUGACCUCCCUCUCGAAGCUCUCCGACCGCGACACCCACCAAAUCGCCGUCGACGACCUCGAGAAGAUCACCCAAACCCUCUCGCCGGAGGGAAUCCCAAUGCUCCUUAACUGCCUCUACGACGCCUCCGCCACCGACCCCAAGCCCGCCGUGAAGAAGGAGUCUCUCCGCCUCCUCACCGCCGUAUGCGCCGCCCACUCUGACGCCGCUGCCGCCCACCUCACCAAGAUCAUCUCCCACGUCGUGAGAAAACUUAAGGACACCGACUCCGCCGUCCGGGACGCGUGUCGCGACGCCAUUGGCGCGCUUUCGGGGCUGUACUUGAAGGGAAGUGGCAAUGGAGGCAGCGGCGAAAAUGCGGCGGCGGUGGUGGGGCUGUUCGUGAGGCCGCUGUUCGAGGCCAUGGGGGAGCAGAACAAGGGGGUGCAAUCGGGUGCGGCCCUGUGUAUGGCGAAGAUGGUGGAGUGCGCCGCUGAUCCGCCGGUGACGGCAUUCCAGAAGAUUUGCCCCAGGAUCUGCAAGCUCCUCAACAAUCCCAACUUCCUCGCCAAGGCCUCUCUUUUGCCUGUCGUUUCCAGUUUGUCCCAGGUGGGAGCAAUUGCUCCGCAGAGCUUUGAACAUCUAUUGCAAAGUAUUCACGAAUGCCUUGGGAGUUCAGAUUGGGCAACACGUAAAGCAGCAGCCGAUGCAUUAAUUUCCUUGGCAUUGUAUUCUAGCAACUUAAUUACAGAUGGGGCUGCUUCCACGCUGACUGCACUCGAAGCUUGUCGUUUUGACAAGAUAAAACCCGUCAGAGACAGCAUGACAGAGGCAUUGCAAUUGUGGAAAAAAAUUGCAGGGAAAGGAGAUGGAGCUCCAGAGGACCAGAAAGCCUCUUCUCAUGAAAAACAAUCCACUGAGACGUCAGAAAAGGGUGAGCUGAAAGAUCCGAAGCAGGGUGAGAGAAAAGAGUCAUCAGCAAAGGAUUCGUCUAAUGGUACUUCCCCAACUUCAGAUGCUAAGGUGAAUGUUGGUGGUAUUCCAGACAAGGCGGUUGUAAUAUUGAAGAAGAAAGCACCUGCCUUAAGUGACAAAGUGCUAAACCCGGAAUUCUUUCAGAAACUAGAAACAAGGGGUUCGGAUGAUUUGCCUGUUGAAGUGGUUGUUCCUCAGAGAUAUCUCAACACUUCAAGCUUGAAUAACGAGGAAGAGGCAGAUCAAACGAAUGCGGAUCCAAAGGGAAGGCCAAGCCGCAAUGGAAAUGUACAGUCUGAUGACUCCCAUGGAACAUUCAGUAGUAAGUUUCGGAACAAACAGCGAGAGUUUGAUGACCUAGCACGGGAGAAAUGGCCAGAAAAUGGAAAAGACUCGAGAAUGAGACCAAGCGAUGGUGGUGAUGAUAGGAAUGAUUUAAACCAAAGAGAAUCGUCUAGCAAUCGUGCCGGCUUCUCCAAAUCUGAUGGUCAAUCUGAAGGGUCUUUCAUCAAUAAUAAAGGAAAUUGGCUCGCAAUCCAAAGGCAAUUGCUGCAGCUGGAGAGACAACAAGCUCAUCUAAUGAAUAUGCUGCAGGAUUUCAUGGGUGGAUCGCAUGAUAGCAUGAUAACCCUAGAGAACAGAGUAAGGGGUCUUGAGAGAGUUGUUGAAGACAUGGCGAGGGAUUUGUCAAUAUCUUCAGGUAGGAGAGGAAGUCACUUCGCGAUGGGAUUUGACGGACCUAAUAGGCCUUUAGGCAUGCGGGGACGGGGUCCUCCUUGGAGGUCAGACAUGAACGAGGCCUGGGAUUAUCCUACAUAUGGGGCUUCCAGAAACGGGCAGAAUGGCUCGAGGAGGACCCUAACUGGUGGUUCGACAGACGGUAGAUCACCCAAGGCAGAACAUGAGAAUGAUCAGGGUUCCAGCCGCAGAGGCUGGGACCAAGGAGCUGGACCUGUUAGGUUUGGCGAGGGACCUUCAGCAAGAAGUGUUUGGCAGGCUUCAAAGGACGAGGCAACCUUAGAAGCGAUUCGGGUCGCUGGAGAGGACAAUGGAGCAUCUCGCACAGCCAGAGUAGCCAUCCCAGAGUUGACUGCAGAGGCUUUGGGAGAUGACAAUGUCGAGCAAGAGCGGGACCCAGUUUGGACCUCUUGGACUAAUGCAAUGGAUGCCCUUCAAGUUGGUGAUAUGGAUACAGCCUAUGCUGAAGUGUUGUCUACAGGGGAUGAUCUCUUGCUUGUAAAGCUAAUGGACAGAUCCGGUCCUGUGAUCGACCAACUGACAAAUGAAGUAGUGAGCGAAGUAAUGCAUGCUGUUAAUCAGUUUUUGUCAGAGCAGAACUUGUUUGACAUCUGUUUGUCUUGGGUUCAACAGGCUCCAAUACUUGUUUCAAGUCUUGAACCAUGA